AUGGCAGCUAAUAAACAACAAUUUCUUACGCUUCCAAAUGAGUUACACUCACUUUCAGACGCUGGAUUUGAAGUUGACCGUAUACACGUCAAACGUAAUUCUGCUGUCGCACAGCUCUAUGAAGACGCGGUUAUGAAGGAAGGCGCUGUUAUUUCAUCAAAUGGCGCACUUAUCAACUUUUCUGGUAAAAAGACGGGUCGUAGUCCACGCGAUAAGCGUAUCGUCUUUGAAGAAACUUCUAUGGAUGAUAUAUGGUGGGGCCCAGUAAAUAUCAGAAUGCCUGAGCAUGUUUUCGAAAUUAAUCGUGAACGAGCUAUCGAUUACCUUAACACACGUGAAGAUGUCUACGUAGUUGAUGCUUUCGCUGGUUGGGAUCCAAAGUACAGAAUUAAAGUUAGAGUCAUUUGCGCUAGAGCUUACCAUGCUUUAUUCAUGCAAAAUAUGUUAAUCAGACCCACGAAAGAGGAAUUAGAUAACUGGGGCGAGCCAGAUUUCACUAUCUACAACGCAGGUCAAUUCCCAGCAAAUAGAUUCACAGCUGGUAUGACAUCAGCCACAUCAGUUGAGAUCAACUUCAAGCGUAUGGAAAUGGUCAUUCUUGGUACAGAAUACGCAGGUGAAAUGAAGAAAGGUAUUUUCUCUGUUAUGCACUAUCUUCAACCGGUCAAAUUUGGUCAGUUGUCACUUCAUUCAUCAGCCAACGAAGGUGAGAAAGGCGACGUUACACUUUUCUUCGGUUUGAGUGGUACUGGUAAAACCACAUUAUCAGCUGAUCCACAUCGUAAACUCAUCGGUGAUGAUGAACACGUCUGGGCUGAUAACGGUGUUUUCAACAUCGAAGGAGGUUGUUAUGCAAAGACGAUCGGUUUAUCAAAGGAGAAGGAACCAGAAAUCUAUAACGCUAUCAAAUUUGGAUCAGUUUUAGAGAAUGUCGUUUACGAUAGCCGUACUCGUGAACCUAAUUACGAAGAUGUUAUGAUCACAGAGAACACAAGAUGCGCAUAUCCAAUUGAAUUUAUUGAAAAUGCAAAGAUUCCAUGUCUAUCAAGAAAUCAACCUUCAAAUAUCAUCAUGUUGACGUGUGAUGCUUACGGUGUUUUACCACCCGUCAGCAAAUUGACUGAGGAGCAAGCUCAAUAUCAUUUCAUUGCCGGUUACACUUCAAAGACACCUGGUACUGAGGAUGGCGUUUUGGAACCUUCACCUACAUUCUCAACUUGCUAUGGUCAACCAUUCAUUGUCUUGCAUCCAGGUAGAUAUGCUAAGAUGUUGGCAGAAAGAAUGAAGAAAGCAAACACCAACUGUUGGUUAAUUAACACCGGAUGGGUUGGUGGUAAAUUUGGUGUUGGAAAGAGAUGUCCAUUGAAGUACACACGCGCUAUCAUUAACGCCAUUCACGAUGGUAGCUUAUCAAAGAGUAACUUUGAAACAUUCCCAGUAUUCAACUUGCAAAUCCCAACAUCUUUGAAGGAUGUACCACCAGAAUUACUCAAUCCAUCCAAGGCAUGGUCUGAUAAGGCUGCACUUGACAAUGAAAUCAAGAAGCUUGGAGGUCUUUUCAAGGAGGCUUUCUCAAAAUACGAACAGGGAUUAUCUGAAGCUGUCAUUAACGCUGGACCACAUGUUUAG